AGAAACUUCACACUGGCUAACAAAAAGAAAAACCAGCCAGAAGCACCAAAACAAGUUCUGUGAAUUUUUUAAUAAAAUAAUGCUAAUCAUAUAAUUUAAACAAGUAUUAAUUCCAAAAGAUAUAUAUUUAAUUUAAGUUAAAAAUGUCUAGUCCACUUGUUAUGAGGAUAAUGUCCUUAUCCAUAAAUACAGCCAAACGAGCGGGAUCUAUAAUAAGAGACGUUAUGCAAAAGGGCAACUUGGGUAUCGUUGAAAAGGCUAAAGAUGAUCUCCAAACAGAAGCAGACAGAUCAGCACAACAAUGUAUAAUUGCCUCGCUGAGUAAACAAUUUCCCAAAGUCAAUAUAAUUGGCGAGGAGGGCAGUAGCGACUUGAAUGUGUCACAUGAUUGGUUGGUUACCGAAAUGGACUUGGAGUUCUUGUCGAAAACAUGCCCAUCAGACUUGAUCGAUGUCAAAGAUGAGGACUGUAUCGUUUGGGUAGAUCCUCUAGAUGGCACAUCUGAGUACACCCAAGGAUUCCUGGAGCACGUUACCGUGCUAAUUGGAAUUGCUGUUAAGAACUCUCCCGUUGGUGGGGUCAUUCAUCAACCCUAUUAUAAGCACGAUACUGGAGAGGUGGGACGUACUAUAUGGGGACUCAAGGGAAUCGGUUGUGGUGGAUUUGAAUUGAAAACUGCACCUGACGAUACAUUUAUCAUUACCACAACGCGAUCACAUUCCAAUCCAAUUGUUCAGAGUGCCUUGGAGGCACUGAGUCCAAGUGAAGUUAUUAAGGUGGGAGGAGCUGGAUACAAAGUGUUGCAACUGUUGGAGGGCAAAGCGCAUGCGUAUGUCUUUGCAAGCCCAGGGUGCAAAAAAUGGGAUACUUGUGCUCCCGAAGCUGUUCUCGAAGCUGCCGGCGGAACAUUGACGAAUAUGUUUGGUGAUCAUUAUGAAUAUCACGUUGAUGUGGAACAUCCAAAUAGAGAAGGUGUUCUGGCAACCAUUGGAACCAUCUCGCAUAGCGAUAUUGUAAAGAAGAUACCCCAAAAUGUUAAAGAUGCUUUGAAAAAGUAAAACAUUAAUUUUAAGUACAGGUUUGUGCCGAAGAGGGUUUGUGCAUUGUAAAAAUAAUCUCAUUCCAAAUGAAAUAAAAAUUGAUUAGUGUGCUUGUAAA